GAGUGGCAAGGUGUGGCGCUUGCGCGCGGCUCGCGGGAGGGCGCUAGCGUCGCCGCCGCGGCAGUACCGUGCGCGUCGCCUACUGAGACCUACCUGCUGCUCGUUGUUCGCUCACCUGGCUCAUUGAUCGCGGACGAUCUCAUUAGAAAACAUCGUGCAGUCAUGAUUUGUUACACCGACGAGACAAUCACAGUGUUUCAAUAGGUGUUUAAGUGAUGAUUUACGGUUAAAUGUCCGUUCGGAUGUCCAGCGCGGUAGUAAACAACCGGUCCAGAUAGGAGGCUGCGUCUGCCUCACGCCCGGCUGUAGUGGAAUGCGGCAAUUUUAACAACUGCGGACCUCGGGACCCAUAUACGAAUUGGGAUUGUCCGGUUGCUUCUUAGAAAAAAGGUGAUGCACCGAGGAUGAGUCGCCGCGCGCGGCCGUGACAUGGGAGCGCAGGCAUGGGCUGGCGCGCCGAGCAAACGCCGCACAUCGCCGCCGGCCUGCUCCUUCUGCUGCUAGUCUACCUGCCGGUUACUUGCCACCAAGACCACCAAGAUGCUGUGCACAUCACAGCCAUCCUCGGCGAGAGCGUGGUGUUCAACUGCCAGGUGGAUUUCCCCGAAGACAUACCCGUGCCGUACGUGUUGCAGUGGGAGAAGAAGGUAGGCGAAACGGGACAGGAUAUACCGAUCUACAUCUGGUACGAGAGCUAUCCAACGCACAGCGGAGAAGGUUAUGAGGGCAGGGUGUCGCGGGUCGCUCCUGACUCGCCGUACGGCGCGGCUAGCCUCAACCUCACUAAUAUACGAGAGUCAGACCAGGGAUGGUACGAGUGUAAGGUGGUGUUCCUCAAUCGGUCACCGAAUCAACACAAGAACGGCACGUGGUUCCACUUGGAUGUGCACGCUCCACCUCGCUUCUCCAUCACGCCGGAAGAGAUUAUAUAUGUUAAUUUAGGAGAUGCCAUUAUACUCAACUGCCAAGCAGAAGGCACACCAACGCCAGAGAUUCUGUGGUACAAGGACGCGAAUCCCGUGGAGCCAUCUGGCACAGUUGGUAUCUUCAAUGAUGGAACCGAACUGCGCAUCAGCAACAUACGACACGAAGAUAUCGGAGACUACACGUGCAUCGCGCGCAACGGGGAGGGCCAAGUGUCGCACACCGCCCGCGUUAUCAUCGCUGGUGGAGCUGUCAUCACUAUGCCACCAACAAACCAAACAAAGCUGGAAGGAGAGAAAGUCCAAUUCUCAUGCGAAGCUAAGGCACUACCCGGAAAUGUUACGGUUAAAUGGUUUCGCGAAGGCGCCCCGGUUGCUGAGGUGGCGGCUUUGGAGACACGGGUUACAAUACGAAGAGAUGGCGCUUUAGUAAUCAACCCUGUCGCUGCUGACGAUUCGGGACAAUAUCUAUGUGAAGUGUCGAAUGGCAUCGGAGACCCGCAGAGCGCUUCAGCUUAUUUGAAUGUAGAAUAUCCAGCAAAAGUGACAUUUACACCGACGGUACAAUACCUACCAUUUCGAUUGGCGGGAGUAGUGCAGUGCUACAUAAAGGCGAACCCACCCCUGCAGUACGUCACGUGGACGAAGGACAAAAGACUUCUAGAGCCAUAUCAAACCAAGGACAUUGUGAUCAUGAAUAACGGAUCCCUGCUAUUCACUAGAGUCAAUCAAAACCAUCAGGGGCGAUAUACCUGCACACCAUACAAUGCGCAGGGCACUCAGGGAUCUUCAGGACCUAUGGAAGUGCUUGUUAGAAAACCGCCAGUGUUCACUGUAGAACCGGAGCCAUUGUACCAAAGAAAGGUCGGCGAAUCAGUGGAGAUGCAUUGCGAAGCGCAAGAAGCGGAGGGCACGCAGCGGCCGACCGUGGUGUGGCGGCGGCGGGACGGGCUGCCGCUGCAGAAGAGCCGGGUGCGCGCGCUCGGCGGGAACAUUACCAUCGACACGCUGCGCCGACAGGACUUCGGCAUAUACCAGUGCGUCGCAUCCAAUGAGGUGGCAACGAUAGUAGCAGACACGCAGCUCGUGAUCGAGGGCACGCAACCGCACGCGCCGUACAACGUAUCAGGCACGGCCACGGAGUUCCAGGUGACGCUGCGCUGGCAGCCCGGCUACGCGGGCGGCCCGGACUACAAGCAGGACUACACCAUUUGGUAUAGAGAGGCCGGCUUCUCGGAGUGGACCAAAGUACCCGUCACGCCGUCUGGAGCGACUUCUGUCACAAUUAACAGGCUUCAACCAGGGACCACUUACGAAUUCCAAGUCAACAGUAAGAAUACAAUAGGAGAAGGAAUGAUGAGCAAAGCUAUUACAAUAAGGACUCUUGAUGUAGGCGCAAAACCAAAGGUGGCUCCGACGACUGCGGGACCCGUAGACGAAAAGAUCUUUCAGAAUGCUCCUGAAGGAUCGGGUCCAAAGUCGGGCCCUCCCCGUAAUCUCACCGUGACGGAAGUGCACAACGGUUUCCUGAUCACGUGGCAGGCACCGCUGGAGCGCUCCCACCUCGUGCAGUAUUACACUAUCAAAUACCGCACCGACGCUCAGUGGAAGACUCUCAAUAGGGGCCAGAUACGACCGGAGGAAACGAGUUAUCUGGUGAAAAACUUAGUUGGCGGACGCACAUAUUACUUCCGUGUGCUGGCGAACUCGGCGACUAGCUACGAGAGUUCGGAUGAAGUGAGAUUCUCCGUUCCAGCGCGCGUGAAGCACAAAGCGAUAACGGCCGGCGUCGUCGGCGGAAUAUUGUUUUUUAUUGUCGCCAUCAUUCUGUCCGUGUGCGCUGUAAAGAUUUGCAAUAAACGUAAACGACGCAAACAGGAGAAAGCAUACAACAUGGUAGCCGCGCGACUCACUGACCUUCGCGCCGCAGACAGCACUCAAGUGCCUUUUAAAAAAUUUAGAGAAAGCGGAAUAUCGAGUGUAGUUCAAUGUUUGCAAUUCACUGCGAACUGGAUCUGGCCGGCAUCGCGGUGUGGCGACGAGGCGCGGUACUGGGGAGUGAUCCGGCGGGUGUCGCCUGCGCCCUCCGCGUCUCCGGCGCCCUCCCUGGCGCCCUCUUCUUCCGACGACGGGGGCUUUUUACCGCGCCUCCGGGCUCCUUUGCGUCCCGCUGCUGCACCGCCACUGUUCCGCGCCUCCUCCCCUGCCCUCGCGCCCUGGACUCCUUGGCCACCGUGGCCACCCUGGGUCCCCGCUUGGACGCCAUGGUCGCCCCUCCAUAUUUCAGAUCUCAGCUCGGUUCCGUUUCCGAGCUCCGCUGAUGGCUCUUUCCCCACGCCGCCCUCGUUUCUCCUCCGGCCUCCGCGCCAGCAUACCGAGACGCGGAUGCCAUGCGGGGCACUGACGCGGGCCCGCUGGCGGCCGCUUCCGCGCCACUCCCGGCCGCGGCCCGACCCGCCUCCACCUCAUGAAGCAUCUCCAGAGAGCCGGUCGUCCUCAAGCGGUUUCGGAAGCAAGAACGCAUCCUCCUCGCAGCACAACCGCAGCAGCAGGACUGGAAGCCUGGCCGAGUGGCGGCCGCCGCCUUACAGGCCGCCACCGCCGGCACCGCCGCCGCGCCCCGGCUCCGGCGAGGCAGGCGAGGCGGGCGAGGCGGCGGACGCAGGGUCGGUGGACGUGCACUACGAGUGGGACCGCGCCACGCGCACUCCGACCCCGUCGACGCCGGAGCGGCCGCGAGCCCGACCGUCGCGCGACGACGUGGAGGCCCGCGUGCGCGCCAUGAAGGAGGAAUUCUUAGAAUUCCGUAAGCGGCAGGCUCUGCGACGGCGUUCCCCCGAGCCGCUGGGCCCGCCGCCGCCUUUGUCGGCGCUAUCGGCGAUCUCCCCCCUGGCCGCGCCCGCCCCCGCCGAGACCGUCUGCUGACUUGCCGGCUGUCGAAUGAUAACGUUUCAUUUGUUCCCCACCGAUAACUGUAUCAUCGUCUUCGGAAUGACGCUCUAUGUUGUAAUCGAAUAAACGAUACGACGCAUCUUUUUGGAUGCGUGGAAUACGUUGAAUCAUGGAAUAUAUGAUCAUUAUGACCCAUAGAACGGCAAUCUGAACAUAGCGAAAAGAGUUUUGAGUCAAGUGACAAAAGGCCUAAUAAAAUAUGUAAAGAGAGUAUAUUAAUAAUUUUUGAAGUGGCCGUAAUCGUGAAAUAUGGUCCCUUGAGAAACAUAUCUAAUAUUCUCAACAAAAGCGAAAACAACGAUCUCUAAUCUGUGUACCUAUAUGUUCUAUUGUUCACUUGACUUUUAAACUGGAUUUAUUUAAUUAAGUUUUAACGUCGAAUUAGCAUUAAGUAACCCCACCUUGGUCGAAGGUAGACUCAAUAUCGCUGGAGACUAUAAUCGAUAAGAGUUAAGAGGCGAACACUUUCAGUCGCGCACGUCGACUGAAAUGCGAUCUUAAUGUACAUACGUAUAAACUAUGUGGAUGCAGUGGCGUUUACUGCUCGCACUGUCUGUUGUCCUACUCGAUUUAAAUGUCAAUUAAUGAUUUCAAAUAUUACGCCUAUUUGUGUUGUUAUCGUUGAAUUUUUUGACACGUGCACAAAAUUAGAUAAUAUAAGCUAAGAUUGUAAGCGUGCCAGUAAUUCAUAUCAACGACAAAGACAUAAAUAUACCGUACUAUCAAAAGCGACAUCGUUACGUUAAAUUCUAGGCCGGUGUUUUGGCGAGCAGGCAGUGCGAAAAUACGUUCACCUAAACGCUUUAGGUAUGAGUGGGUAGCAUCCACGACACCACUCAUACCAACAUUAUAUUGUAGUUAUUAUUGUAACUAAUAAAGUAAAUUAUACGAUAGUGUGAUACUUAGUGCGUUUGGCGCUACUGUACACGUAACCAGCUACUUCAGCGAUCCCGAAUCCUAUCGGUUUAAUAUGGAUUUCAUUGAUCAAACAUACUUAGCGUCAAACGGGCGAGUAUUAUGUACAACACAACAAAUAAACUUAGAUAGAUUUAGGAAAUAUAUAAGUGAGGGAGGACUUAAACGGAUGUUGUUUAUUUAAUUUUUUAUAUAUGUCGUUAUUAAUUUCCAAGUACAAAUUAUAAUUUUAUCUGUUGCGCAUCUAGUUAUUUUUUAUAUAAUUUUGAACUGUACAUAUGUAAAAACACAUUAGAUAUUAUAUUAUACACUUAUUUAUUUAGGCGUCGUGUAAUGAUAUGUAUGAAGUUCUAAUGAAUUUUUGCCAUUACAUGUUUGUAAGGCGCUAGACAAAAUUUGUUGAAGUUAUCACAUUAUGUAUAUUUUAUUUGUUUCACCCAUAAAGCGAGUACCUUGUUAAAUUGGAAUGAAAGAAAUCGAAAGGUGCUACACUCACUAAACGCAAUAAUCAACGUUUUGUUAACGCUAACGAGCCUGGACUCUGCUAAACAAGUUUUCAAUUCCAAUGCUAUGAUUAUUCUAUAUGAAAAUUAACACUGUUCACACCGCCAGGUUCCUGUAUUCAUCCCACCUUAGUUAAACACUAUAAGUUCAUCAGUCACGACAAAGACUGUUUAUUUAGUUUGUAUUAAUAUUUAACUUAUAUGUUGAUAAGUGAUGUUUCGUGUUCGCAAUGAUUUUAGGUGAAAUUUUUAUAACAAUACAUUGUAUUCAAAAUAAUUCGAAAUUCCAAUAUCGUUAAGGGACUCCUAAAAAUAAGUAUAAAAUGUACGCUUUAAAGAAAUUGAUACAUAAAUUACUCGUAAAAUAGUUAGGUAGGUAUGGUAAGGUGUAGUUGGUACGUGCAUGCGUGGAGCGUGUGAUUAGCACCCAGGUGCACUCAGGUGUAUUGUCUAAGACACGGAUGCAUCAUCACUCAGGUCACUGCCGACAAGUAGAUUAAGCUGCGGUAUAUCGACACAUUGUAGACAUUUGUUUUUUACGUUAGUAGGUGAACCCGCGGCCCGCCAUACUUUACAUAAGGUCGUUAUAGUAUCAACAGUUUGUGCAAUAACUUCUCCGUUCAGUACAAUUUAAAAUAUAUCUAUGUUAAAUAUAAUGUAUGCUCAAUUUUUUCGACUGACCAACUGUAACCUGUACCUUUUUUUAAUCUUUAAAAUUUUGAAGAUUUUAAAGCAUGCAAGGUAGUGAAUAUUAAUUAGUAGGUAUCUGGUCUACAGUAGCUUAUGAAAUUACAUCAUUUUGUUUGUCGUAAUUUUGAGACUAUGUUAUUUAUCGAUAACGUUUCACUUUAAUAACUUUAUUUAUAAUUUAAUCGACUAUUCCUGAAAAAUCCUGAAAGAUGGGUCUUAUCACUACCUUGCCAAAUUCAUUUACAAGGCAACAUUAUGUACCUACUUUUUAGUUCAAAAUAGUCAGUAUACUACAAACGAUAGAUCAUCUGAAUAAAUAAAUAAAAUAAUAUCAAAGAUAUUUAUUUAUGAAAUAAGUGUAAAGACGAAUUGGGUCCAUUAACAACAAAACCAUUUGAAAACUUUAUAUUGCAAGUAACACAACACCAAUAUUUCAUUAACCGUUCUAGUAAAUUUAACGUGCCUAGAAUGCUAGUAAUUACUUACUUAAAUGAGAAGUUUUUUGUAGUUAAUAUUCUAAAACACUAAUUGGUUUAAAAUGAAAUAUUACAAGUGUCUGUGAGUAACCUAUUAUACAGAAUAACGUUACAAAUAUUUGAUCCACAAAGUAGGAAAUAACACGGCUCAAAACAUGUGAUAUCUAGUCUUUGUCAUAAUAAAAAAAAACAUUUCCUUAAUACAUAAGUACUGACAUGUGUUAGCCAUAAAUUGAGAGUUAAUUUGUUGAUCUACUCAAUAUGUUGUUGACACGUACCUACUUAGCAAAAUUCUUCCUAUAAGGUACAUACAUUUUUGAAUUUCAGCGCUUUUAAAUGUCUAUUAUUAAUUUCAUUUAGAGGGACUCAAUCUAAACUCGAAAUGCAUUCGACGACUUCUUUAGACUAAAAUGAAAAGAUAGCAAUAUAUUAGAGUAAUGUAAUUAAAUCAUAUAUAUCAGUUUGUUUAAAAGUAAUAAAUAUGAAUGAUAUAUUAUGUGCACAUUGGCAAAUGUAAUAUGGUGAUACAAGGGCACCCAAUAUUAAAGACUUAAGGCAAAAUGCACAAUAUCUCAGCACAGUAAGGUAUAAUCCAAAAAUUCGAGAUAUUAUACCCAGCACUUUAAAUGUAACUCCAAUAAAUACCCACGAUGCCUGUGUUCGCCUUGUUUGAAAUAAGAUAAUGCACAAGCCACGUUUUUGUAUAUCAAAACAUCUUUGAUUUUGUUUUUUAUUUAGAAUAUAUUUUUAGUUAUAAGUGUUGAGAUCAGUGUUUACUGUGUAAGCACAAAAAGGAUUCAAUUCAAAAAAUUAAAAUACAAUAACGUUGCUAUGAUACAA